UCGUAGGAUACGCACGGCUCAGUCGGUUCAGAGAAAUGCGGCAACCGAGUAGUGAACAGUGAGGUACUCAGUGUACUAUCAAUGUGAGAGUGCUGUGAGUUGAGUUUCAGAGUGUCGAGCUGUGGUGAAUAGGCGCCGGCUUAAGAGAGAGAGAGAGAGAGAGUGCACGCUAUCAAAAAAGAAGAGAGCGAGUACAGAGUGCAAAGAGCUUGACAGCAUCACAGAAACAACGAGCAUCGCAGUCAAGUUGAAUCCUUGCAAGCGUGCAGUUGCCUCGAACGGAACGGAAGUGUUGCGUGCCGUGCGGGAGUGUUUGCCGUGUGCGCGUGUGUGUGUGCGUGAGUGUGUGUGCUCGGAGUGUGCCGGCUUCAAAAGUCUCAACAAAACAUGCUAAAACACAACAAAGUUCGCUUCGUUCGCAAUUAGUCAACACAACAAAUCGCAAAAUUUAUUUUCAUCAGAAAUUGUGCCAAAUCAAAAGAGAAAAGAGAAGAAAAGAAAUUCGAAUUGAAAUCGAAAUCGAAAUUGAGAUGUAAAGCCGCCUUUGAAAUUGAAUCAAAAUUGCUCAAUAAAUCAUUGCAUAAACCGAUAGGCAAACAAAACAAAUAAAACGAGUCGGAACGAGAGCAAACAAGCCAACGAACGACGUAAAGUAAAUCAAAAUCAAAACAGAAAACCGGAAAGCAUGUGGAUUAGUAGCCGCCUUUUUGUGAUUUGUUUGCUGCUCAGGUUUGAUGCAACGAUUAGCGAACCCUUCGAAACACAUUUGCGCGGCCCCGGCUUCGUCAUGGAGCCGCCGGGCCGCGUGGAGUUCUCGAACUCAUCGGGAGGCUGGCUGGACUGCUCCGCCUCAGGGAGUCCACAGCCAACGAUCGAUUGGGUGCAUGCGGAUGGCACGGCGGUCACAGAGAUACACGGCGUGAGGCGGGUGCUGCGGAACGGGACGUUGGUGCUGAUGCCAUUCGCGGCGGCUGCCUAUCAUCAGGAUAUACACAAUACGAUCUAUCGUUGCAUUGCCAGCAACUCGGUGGGUCGCAUUGUGUCGCGGGAUGUGCAAGUGCGAGCGGUUGUGGCGCAGGCCUACAAAGUGGAUGUGGAGGUAUUAUCUGCGUCGCGCGGCUGCACCGCCAUUUUGCGUUGUGUGGUGCCCACGUUUGUCAAGGAAUUGGUACGAGUGGUCUCGUGGGUUCAUGAACCCGCUAUCUACAUCUAUCCCUCGCUGCAAGGCGAUGGCAAAUUCCAUUUGCUGCCAACCGGAGAGCUGCUAAUCCAUAAUCUGCAGGAAAGCGACGAAUCGCAAUCCUUUCGCUGUCGCAGCAUGCAUCGUUUGACCCGUCAGGUUGUUGUCAGCUCGCCCACACGAUUGCGUAUUAAUUCGCAUCGCGGCAUCAUUUCGCCAAGCGUUGUGGAGCACACGUCUCAUGUACAGGUGUCGCAGGACGAGGGCGCGGUGCUUCUGUGCGUGGCACAGGGUUGUCCUUCGCCCGAAUACAGCUGGUACACUCAGAAUGGCGCUGGGCCAUUGCCCGUUUUAAGUGGACCACGUGUGCGUCUGCUCGGACCCAUAUUGGCCAUCGAGGCCGUGACCGGCGAGGAUUCGGGUGUCUACAAGUGCACGGCAAGCAAUGUGGGUGGCGAGGCGAGCGCCGAGUUGCGCCUAACGGUGGCCACGCCCAUCCAAGUGGAGAUCUCACCGAAUGUGCUGAGCGUGCACAUGGGGGGCACGGCCGAGUUCCGAUGUGUGGUGACCAGCAAUGGGAGCCCGGUGGGCAUGCAGAAUAUCCUGUGGUACAAGGACGGCAGGCAGUUGCCCUCAUCCGGUCGCAUCGAGGAUACGCUGGUGGUGCCGCGUGUCAGCCGUGAGAAUCGUGGCAUGUAUCAGUGUGUGGUGCGACGGCCCGAGGGCGAUACAUUUCAGGCCACCGCCGAGCUGCAACUGGGCGAUGCGCCGCCUGUGCUGCUCUAUAGCUUCAUUGAGCAAACGCUGCAACCAGGACCAGCUGUGAGCCUCAAAUGCUCCGCAGCCGGCAAUCCAACGCCGCAAAUUUCAUGGACAUUGGACGGAUUUCCGCUGCCAUCAAACGGAAGAUUUAUGAUCGGACAAUACAUCACGGUGCAUGGAGAUGUAAUUAGUCAUGUUAACAUAAGCCAUGUCAUGGUCGAGGAUGGCGGAGAGUAUUCCUGCAUAGCCGAGAAUCGUGCGGGUCGAGUGGAGCAUGCGGCCCGCUUGAAUAUUUAUGGUCUGCCCUACAUACGGCUGAUACCAAAGGUGACCGCGGUCUCGGGUGAGACAUUGAAUCUGAAAUGCCCCGUGGCCGGCUAUCCCAUCGAGGAGAUACACUGGGAGCGUGGCGGACGCGAGCUGCCCGAUGAUAUACGUCAGCGUGUGCAGCCGGACGGCUCGUUGACCAUCAGUCCGGUGCAGAAGCAUACGGAUUCCGGUGUCUACACGUGCUGGGCCCGUAACAAACAGGGUCACAGUGCUCGGCGCAGUGGCGAGGUGACGGUCAUAGUGCCGCCGCGUCUGAGUCCCUUUCAAACAUCGAUACUACAACUGAACAUGGGCGAUCGCGCCUCCCUCACCUGUUCGGUGGUCAAAGGCGACCUCCCGCUGACCAUUAACUGGCGCAAAGACAGCCGACCCAUCGAUCCCACACAACACAUGUCGGUGAAGCAGGUGGAUCAGUAUAAUAGCAUUCUGGUCAUUGACAAUCUGGGCAGCGAUCACACCGGCAACUAUUCGUGUGUGGUGCGAAACUCGGCGGCGGAGGUGGAGAACUCGCAGGCGCUUUUGGUCAAUGUGCCACCACGUUGGAUUGUGGAGCCCGUCGAUGCGAAUGUGGAGCGCAAUCGUCACAUAAUGCUGCACUGCCAGGCUCAGGGCGUGCCCACGCCCAGCAUAGUGUGGAAGAAGGCAACGGGCAGCAAAUCUGGCGAAUACGAAGAGGUGCGAGAGCGGCCUUUCACCAAGCUGCUGGGCAAUGGCUCGAUGCUGCUGCAACACGUGAAGGAGGAUCGCGAGGGCUUCUAUCUGUGUCAGGCCAACAAUGGCAUUGGCACGGGCAUCGGAAAGGUCAUACAGCUGAAAGUGAACUCCUCGCCAUACUUCUCAUCCACUUCACGCUCGGUUACAGUCAAGAAGGGCGACACAGCGCUGCUGCAGUGCGCCGUCAGCGGCGACAAGCCGAUUAACAUUGUGUGGAUGCGUUCGGGCAAAAACACAUUGAAUCCAUCAACCAAUUACAAAAUAUCUGUGAAGCAGGACGCAACUCCCGACGGCGUUUCAGCCGAGCUGCAAAUACGCACCGUGGAUGCCACCGACAGUGGCCCGUACUUCUGUCGUGCCACCAAUCUCUAUGGCAACGAUCAACAGCUGGUGCAGCUGCAAGUGCAGGAGCCGCCACAACCUCCAAGUGUGCUCGAGGCAGCCAUGAUCAGCAGUCGCUCUGUGAAUCUCAAGUGGCAACCUAAAGCGCUGAGCUCAGGCGAUGUCUCCAAAUACAUUGUGGAGUAUCGCGAGGCAGAAGCCACACUCUUCAUCGAUCAGUGGCAGCACAUUGAAGUCAAGGAUCCGCCUAGUUAUAAUGCGCUCAUUGAGAACCUCAAGCCUGCUACUCGCUAUGCCUUCCGAGUGAUUGCCGAGGGUAAUGCUGGACGCAGUGCGCCCAGUCAGGAGCUGAUAGUGCGCACUGAGCCACAGCGUCCAGCUGGUCCACCGCUGAGUCUCUCAGCACGUCCGCUUUCUUCCACUGAGUUGCUUAUUAGCUGGGUGGCGCCUUUACCCGAGUUGCGCCAUGGCGACAUCCAAGGCUACAAUGUGGGCUACAGACUGGCAAGUUCUGGCAACACGGCGUACAACUACACCUCCGUUUCGGGUGAUGGCGAGGGUGGCAACGGUGAAUUGCUGCUAAGCGGACUCUCGAAAUUCGCACGCUACAGUAUCGUGGUGCAGGCCUUCAACCAAGUGGGUCCCGGACCGCUCUCAGAGCCAACAGCAGCACAGACCAUGGAGGAUGUUCCAAGUCGCUCGCCGGAGGAUGUGCGUUGUGCUGCGUUGACUUCGCAGUCGCUGCAGGUUUCGUGGCAGCCACCUCCAAUUUACCACACCAAUGGUUUGCUGCAGGGCUACAAGCUGAUCUUUGAGCCCAUCAUCGAUGACAUUGUACCCAACAAGGACGAGGUGGAGUCCCGCAAGACCACAGCUUUGACCACAGUGCUCACUGGACUGCGCAAGUACACCAACUACAGCAUCCAAGUACUCGCUCACACUCGCAUGGGAGAUGGCGUCCUCUCAAAGCCUCUUUACUGCCACACCGAGGAGGAUGUGCCCGAGGCACCGUCGGACAUCAAAGUAGUGGUUAGCUCUCCCCAAUCGCUUUACGUCUCCUGGCUGCCACCCACAGAGCCGAAUGGCGUCAUCACCAAGUACAGUCUGUACACGAGAGUGGUGAAUGGCCGCGAGGAGCUGAACAAUGAGAAACGCAGUCUGCCCUCGCAGCAGGCGUAUUACGAGGCCAAGAAUCUGCAUCCCCACAUGGAGUAUCAGUUCUGGGUGACGGCCUCGACCCGUGUGGGCGAGGGCAAGAGUUCGCGCGUUGCUUCGCAGAUAACUACGAAUCGCGUGCCUGCCAGAAUCAUUUCAUUCGGCGGUGCUGUGGUGCGUCCUUGGCGCUCAACUGUCACGCUGCCCUGCACAGCGGUGGGCAAACCCAAACGCGAGUGGUUCAAGGCGGAUGUGGCUCUGCGCCAAGGUGGAUUGCACAACUCUCAGCUGCUGGAUACGGGCGAUUUGAUCAUCUCCAGCUUGCAACUAGCAGACAGUGGGAAUUACAGUUGCCAGGUGGACAACGGCAUUGGCACCGAUCGCCUCACACACAUGCUGCUCGUCCAGGUGCCGCCCUCGGCUCCCGUUUUGUAUGUGACCAGCGCCACCUCGAGCAGCAUUCUGAUGCACUGGAAGUGCGGCUUCACUGGCAACGCACCCAUCACAGGAUACACGCUCUUCUAUCGUCGUGCCACCGGCAACACGGAUGAGAUGCAGCUGUCCCGACAUGCUUCUAGUCACGAACUGAAAGGUUUGGUCUGUGGCAGCACUUAUCAGAUCCAUUUGAAUGCCCACAACAAGGUGGGCAGCUCACCUGCCAGCAUUAUGCUGCAUGUACGCACUCAGGGACAGGCUCCAGGAUUACCUGCAACGAGUAGCUUACUGGCUCCGAAUUCCACUUCGGUGCUGAUUCGACUUCACACCUGGCCGGACAAUGGCUGUCCUCUCAUGUACUUUGUGCUGCAGUAUCGCGCAGUGACCGACGAUCCCGACAAGGAGUGGAUACUGGUUUCUAAUGCCUUAAAACCUCAAAGACGUGUUGUCAUUUCGAAUCUGCAAUCAUCGACGCUUUAUCAGCUACGCAUGGAGGCGCAUAAUGUGGCGGGAGUAUCGCCGGCAGAGUUUAGCUUUGUGACACUGACGAAGGAUGGAGAUCCUCCACCGCCGGAGAUUGUGCAGCGUGGUCAGCGCGGUCCAAGCGUGUUCUAUGGCAACAUCAAUCUGCUGAUACCGACUAUAGCAGCUGUCUCUGGCAUGAUAUGCACCAUUGCCUUGGUUAUUAUUUGCUAUCGUCACAAACAAAGCAAUCACAUACAAAAGGAAUCUCUUGAGAACCGGGCCAACUCAGAGGCAGCGCAGCGUGAACGCUACUAUGCCACCAUCCACAAGGUUUCCAUGCAGAACAAUGACAAAAUUCCGGAAACCUCUGAGGACAUUUCGCCAUAUGCCACCUUCCAAUUGUCGGAGGCGGGCAACUUGUCGCAACCGCAUCACGGCGGUCCGGCCAACACGCUGCUGCACUCGUUCAUGUACCAUGAGAGGGCUCUGGCCGAGGGCUGCUCGUCGCCACCACCAGCUGCGGUAUUAAAACAACCAACAACAACAACAACAACCACCACCACCACCCAUCAUUACCACCACCAUAACCAACGUCCACAAAAGACAAUUCAUAAUUAUUAUCAGACCUCACCGUUUCAUAAUAUCUCCAAGAAUCGACGUCGCCACUCACGCAAAACCGAACCGGAGAGCGAGGAGUCCGAGUCGGAUCAGGAUCAACUGACUUCCAGCCGGACCGAGUCUUCCAAUCAGCACGAGGGCAAAAUCAAGCACAGCAUCAUCUACCAUGGAGCACAAUCAAGCACAUCCUCCGAUCUGUCACCAAUGUCCGAACAAAAAUCAUUGCCACGACGCGGUCGCUCCAGGUAUCAUCAUCAGCAAUAUCAGUUUUCCACCAAUACAACACCGCGUCAUCACAAUAGCAACAAAAGCAACAACAACAUUACAACAAACACAAAUACAAAUACCACAUCGAGUACAGCUAACUCGAGCAAAAUUCUAUCGCCACGCAACGGCAACGGCGCUGGCGUUGGCGUUGGCAAUCUGAAAUCGAUCUCGAGCACAUUCAAAUCACAAGACUCCAUACAAUGCCACAUACCCACAUUGGUUAAAUCGCCAUCGAUCAGCACACAACAACAGAAACAGUUUCACAAACAACAGCAACAGUUGAACAGUAGUAAUAAAUCUGGCCAGAGCCAGAACCUCAACCAGAACCCCAACCAGACCCAUAGCAACAGCAGUAGUUUGAAGCAACAGCAGCCACUGUUGAUCCAGCCAAAGCUGCAUCAGCUCGAGCCGAUGGCGAUGGCGACCAAUGGCCAGGAGCUGAUGGGCUUGGAUGGAGGCGUUAGUACCCUAGCAUCUGUUGUGCCCGUCACUUGCAUGCCACCCUCAUCACAGUUUCGACCCAUUCCACACAAGCAUGACACCACAGCCAAUCUUCACAAUCACAAUCACAACCAUCAGCAUUCGGGUGUCGGUGUCUCUGGCACCGCUCUCUUGAACCCCUCGACGGCUCUGCUCUCCUCCAAGUUCUUUACGGCACCAACUUUGCCGCUGCCCAAAUAGGAUACGGCCAAUGGGGGGGGAAGUGAAUACGGUAUUGAGGGCGAGGCAAUUGCUGCUGACAUCAGCUUUGGCUAUAAUAGCGGCGAGAUAUCGUGCACCUAUAUGGAUCCCAUAGAUCAGACAUGAGACUUGGCCUACGGUGAGGUGUGUGGUCCAGAGGGUGCCCAUUGAACCACCCCGCCACUCCACCACCUCAUCACCACAACAACAACAACAACUACAACAAUAUUAAACAAGAACACAACAAACACCACUAAGUCUCUGUUACUCUCAAAUGCUUGAGUGUGGUUGCUAGCUAGACAAACCAAAGUAAAUCAAAAACAACUCCAACUCUGGAUACUCUUCCUCUCCCAAAACAAAAAAACAAAACGCAUGCAGAGCUGGCAUCCUGCGCACGCUGCAUCCGCUGCAGCUGCAGGCCGAGUGCACCGCUGGUGCCGCCUUCCACCACGGCGAACGCGAUGCCGAGCACAUAGAGCUGGCCGAGGUUGAGUGCGAUGU